AUGCAUUUGCCCCAAGGAGCAUUAAGCUUUCUGUUCAUCACUUGCAUGAUGUUCGCACUGGCAGGCGGCCAUCCAUCAAGCGACAAGCUGAAGAUCCGAAUACACGUGCCGGUGAAGCAUCACACACAUGUGCACACAAAGACGGUCAUUAAGAAGGUACCAUUGCCCAUUCCGGUGCCGGUCAAGGAGCACCACCACGAGCCGAAGAAGCACCACAGCAGCCGCAGCCACCACCAUCACCAUCACAACCACCAGGAGGACGAGCUGGACGAUGACUUUGAGGGCUAUGAGUAUCCCAUCAAAGCCAAGCGGCGUACGCGGCAUCCCUUUGUCUGA